GACACGAACAGGAAAAUUUUGACCGAGUUUCGGCACCAGCACACGCCCACUGCCCCCGCACGAACACAGCGGACAGGCGAACACUCAUCAGAAGAGGGGCAGGAGGAGGAAGGACCAGACCAGGACAAGGGUGGUCGUCCCUGGCAACGUUCGCUAUGAAAACUAAACGAAAACAAAAGAAACUCCAAAGACAGCGGACAACUUAUUCAGAAAAUUAAAGGAGACAGACGGCGGAUACAACAACGGACAGAGACAUCGCCAAGUUGCGACAGUCGAGAGAUUGCAAUCCCGGAGACCGUUCGGCAGCAUCAACUGCAGCCAGGACAGAACUUGGAGCAGAAGCAGCUGGCUGAAGCUGUGGGGCAAGCAGUUGGAGCCACGCCACGCACUUUGCCACACGACACUCGUCGGCACACUGCCACACACUGGGGAAUUGCAUAGACAUCGACUCGGUAGCCGUGGUGCAGCACAAGCUGGUGCACAAAAUUGUCGGUGGAAAAAGAAUGUCACCACCCGUGCUGUACUACCUGCCACCCAGUCCGCCCUGCCGCAGUAUUCUCCUAUUGGCCAAAAUGUUGGGCCUGGACUUUGAGCUAAAGAUCGUCAACAUACUGGAGGGGGAGCAGCUGAAGCCGGACUUUGUGGCCAUGAAUCCCCAGCACUGUAUACCAACCAUGAACGAUGAGGGUUUGGUACUCUGGGAAAGUCGCGCUAUUCUUGCAUAUCUGGUGGCUGCCUAUGGCAAAAGCGAUGAACUCUAUCCCACGGAUAUACGGGUGCGUGCGCUGGUCGAUCAACGUCUGCAGUUCGAUCUGGGCACACUCUACAUGCGCCUCACGGACUACUAUUUCCCCACAAUGUUUAUUGGCGCUCCGCUGGAUGAGGGUAAACGCGCCAAGCUUUCAGAGGCGGUGGGCUGGUUCAACACCAUUCUGGAGGGUCGACAAUUUGCAGCCGCCGAACACUUUACCAUUGCCGAUCUGACGCUGCUUGUCACCGUGUCCCAGCUGGAGGCAUUUGACUUUGAACUGCGUCCCUAUAAGCACAUCAGGCAGUGGCUGGAGCGCUGCAAGGAGCACGUGGCGCCAUACGACUACGAGGAGCUGAAUGGCAGCAAGGCAACCCUAAUGGGUGACAUGUUCAAGGCUAAGAUGAAUCAGGCAGCAGCCCAAUAAUGUGUAGAUAUGAGUUUAUACGCGUAGUGUUUAUUA